ACAAACCCUAAAACUUGAGACUUUACAACGUUCAAAUUUCAAAAUUUGAAAUUCGCGCUAUUUCUAAAAUUUGAAACCUAACGACGCUCCUCAAAUUGUGUACUAGUUCAUACCACCAAACCCACUCCUCUCGUUCAUCUCCGCCAUUUCCGAUCUCUCCUCGUUUGAAAAUCUACAAAGAAUGGGGGCGAAUCACAGUCACGAGGACUUGGGGAUCUCAGAGUCCGAAGAAGAAAGCGAAGAAGAAGUAGAAGAAGAAGAAAGCUAUGAGGACUCCAAAGAUGUGGAAGACGAUGAAGGGCAACAGAGAUCUUCAGGUCGCAGAGGAUCCAAGACGCCGUCGUCUCUCGACGAUCUCGAGGCUAAGCUCAAGGCUCUCAAGCUCAAAUACCCUUCUCAAAACCCAAAUCUCAAGAACGCCGUCAAGCUAUAUCUUCACGUUGGGGGCAACACCCCCAAGUCCAAAUGGGUUGUCUCCGACAAAAUCACCACCUAUUCCUUCGUGAAAACAUCUAAGAUUGACGCUUCCGACGGCGGUGACGAAGACGAAGAAGAGGGAGAAUCUUGGUGGGUCUUGAAGGUUGGGUCCAAAGUUCACGCCAGGGUCGAUACUGGGUUGCAAUUGAAAACCCUAGGCGACCAACGUCGCGUUGAUUUCGUAUCACAGGGCGUUUGGGCCAUGAAAUUCUUUGACGAGGAAGAUUACAAGGGUUUCAUUGCAAAAUUUCAAGAUUGUUUGUUUGAGAACACGUAUGGGAUGGAAUCGAAAGAGGAGAAUAAGGUUAAGGUUUAUGGUAAAGAUUUUAUGGGGUGGGCGAAGCCAGAAGCGGCGGAUGACUCGCUGUGGGAGGAUGCGGCGGAUGACUUCUUGCGGAGCCCUGGUUCGGCGACUCCGGUGAGAGCAACUCAGGAUUUGAGGGAGGAGUUUGAAGAAGCGGCAGCUAAUGGCGGGGCAAUACAGAGCUUGGCAUUGGGUGCAUUGGACAACAGUUUCUUGGUGAGUGAUUCAGGUAUUCAGGUUGUUAAGAAUUUCAGUCAUGGAAUUCAUGGUAAAGGUGCAUAUGUGAAUAUUGAUAGUGCAAGGUCUGGUUUGGUUCAUUCCACACCAAAAAAGGCUCUUCUUAUGAAGGCUGAAACUAAUAUGCUCCUCAUGAGUCCUAUGGCUGAUGGGAAGCCCCAUACAAGGGGGCUCCAUCAGCUUGACAUUGAAACUGGGAAGAUUGUUACAGAAUGGAAGUUUGAAAAGGAUGGGACUGAUAUAACAAUGAGGGACAUUGCAAAUGAUAGUAAGGGGGCCCAAAUGGAUCCUUCUGGUUCAACAUUCUUGGGAUUGGAUGACAAUAGGCUGUGUCGAUGGGACAUGCGUGAUAGGAAUGGGAUGGUCCAGAAUCUUGCUACUGCCAGUGCCCCUGUACUGAAUUGGACUCAAGGUCAUCAGUUCUCUAGGGGGACAAACUUUCAGUGCUUUGCAACCACUGGUGAUGGUUCAAUUGUGGUUGGAUCUCUUGAUGGGAAGAUUCGGUUGUACUCGAUUAAUUCUAUGAGACAGGCGAAAACUGCUUUUCCUGGUCUUGGUUCUCCUAUCACUCACGUGGAUGUUACCUUUGAUGGGAAGUGGAUACUUGGCACAACUGAUACCUACUUGAUCCUUAUAUGCACCCUGUUUACUGACAAGGUUGGCAAGACAAAGACUGGUUUUUCUGGUCGUAUGGGGAAUAGAAUCUCAGCUCCAAGAUUGUUGAAGUUGAAUCCUUUGGACUCACAUAUGGCUGGAGUAAACAAUAAGUUCCGUGGCGCCCAAUUCUCGUGGGUCACGGAGAAUGGGAAGCAGGAGCGUCAUCUGGUUGCAACAGUUGGCAAGUUUAGUGUGAUAUGGAACUUCCAACAGGUGAAAGAUGGUUCUCACGAGUGCUACCGUGAUCAGGUGGGCCUGAAGAGCUGCUACUGUUACAAGGUAGUUUUAAGAGAUCAAUCCAUAGUUGAUAGUCGGUUCAUGCAUGAGAAAUUUGCAGUCAGUGAUUCACCGGAAGCUCCUCUGGUGGUUGCAACCCAAAUGAAAGUCAGCUCCUUCAGCAUAUCUAGUAGGCGAUGACACACUUCAUGGAUAAGAAAUCUGCAGUCUUUGAUUUACCAGAAGCUCCUCUGGUGGUUGAAACCCAAAUGAAAGUUAGCUCCUUCAGCAUAUCUAGUAGGCGAUGACACACUUGAACAAAACCCUUUGUUUUCUUGUGCGCCUUAGAUUUAUCAAUAAAUUUGUUUCAUUUUCUAGUGUGUUAGCGGAUUGUUGUUUGAUUAGGGUUUAUCUGGAAGCAAUUUCAGAGAAGAUUGACUUCUAACUGUACUUUUUUUUUCGUUAUUAUGUUCUGAGACUGCAUUGCAAAUGUUUCUCUGAGCUCCAGCAGAUUUAUUGUUGUUGUAUUACUUGAAACUAAGGGUCAGAUAUUGUUGUUGGAGGGGACAAGUUAAAGCUGCAUUUUGCAUGAAAAAUAGUUCUACUGUAUUGUUGUGACAUGUUGAUCCUUGGAAUUCAUUCUGUUCUGGGAUAAUUUUUUAUUGCACAGGUAAUUCCAAUUGCCGCACUUGUGGAAUGGGGUGCUGAAUUUAUUUA